CCUCGAUGUAAAUUGUCUCCAUUGAAUAACAUGACAAGAUUCGUAUAUAGUUCGGAAAGGUAGUUGUCGAAAUGUCAACCCACCUGUUGGUAGCCGCCAUUGAUUUCGGGACUACUUAUUCAAGUUGGGCGUUCUCGUUUAGGUAUGACUAUGAUAACGACCCGACUAAAGUCUCCGCAAAACAGUGGCAAGGACACGAAUCUCCAAAAGGCCCUACUUGUGUUCUGAUCAAGCCUGACGGGAAAUCAUUACAUUCGUUCGCGUUUGAUGCUGAAGCCAAAUACGCAGAACUUAUUGAACAAGACGAACAAAAAGACUGGUACUUCUUUAGAAGGUUUAAAAUGAUGUUAUGGAAACAGAAACUCAAUCGAAAUUCGAUGUUGGAAGAUGAAAAUGGUCGGAAGUUAUUGGCAAGAACCGUUUUUGCGUUGUCCAUAAAAUAUCUUAAGGAAGACCUAUUGGUUGUUUCUAAUGACCGAAUUGCGGACGCCGUGUUACCAAGCGAAAUACACUGGGUUUUGACAGUUCCUGCCAUUUGGGACAAUGCAGCAAAACAGUUCAUGCGGGAAGCUGCCGAAGAGGCGGGAAUAGAACCGAAUAUGCUCACGAUUGCACUUGAGCCGGAAGCUGCUUCACUUUUCUGUCGUUAUCUUCCGGUUGAAAAGAGUGGGGAUCAGUUCUCCCUGGCAUCUCUGCGAGCUGGAAGACAAUAUCUUGUACUUGAUGCUGGAGGAGGAACCAUCGACAUAACAGUGCACGAAGUUACGGCAUCUGGUGGCGUCAAAGAGCUGUACAAGGCGAGUGGUGGAGCUUGGGGUGGGACAAAAGUAGAUGAUUCCUUUGAAGAUUUCCUAGCUUGUUUGACAGAUAAAAGGGUCGUCAAAAAGUUCAAAGAAGACCACUUGGAUGAUUAUAUAGAACUUCUUAGACGGUUUGAGGUUAAAAAGAGGGACAUUGAUCCCGACAAGGAUGCAAAAAUGGUCAUGAGCAUUCCACUUGCCUUUUUUACAACUGUUAAGAAACGACUACACAAAGACUUUAAUAAAGUGGUGAAAAAGUCAUCCUACACAAAUUCGGUUUCCUUGACUGGGGAUAAACUGAAAAUCGACCCAACAGUUGCUCGAAACUUUUUUAAAGAGUCUAUCGAAAACACCAUAGCACUGGUGAAAGAUGUUUUGAGAAAAAAUGAAAACAGAGGCGUAGAAGCUAUACUGAUGGUAGGCGGGUUUUCUGAGUCGAAAAUGCUCAACAAGGCAGUUAAACAAACGUUUCCUGGAUUAAAGAUAAUCGUCCCUGAUGAAGCUGGUCUGGCAGUUCUUAAGGGAGCCGUGAUGUUUGGACAUGAGCCCAGAAAUAUUACCGAGCGAAUAAGCAAAUAUACGUAUGGAAUUGCAUUGCAUCCUGAGUUUGAUCCUAUCAACCAUCCAGAAUCAGCUAGAUUCACUGACACUGACGGUGUUGAUAGAUGUAAGGACUUCUUUGAUAAGCAUGUAAUAGCCGGACAGUCGCUGAAAGUCGGAGAGGCCCAGUCUGAAGAAACAUACUUCACAAAACCUAGUCACACGUCAACUGUGCAAAUAGAGGUAUUCGCGACAGAAAAUAAAACUCCACUUCUAGUUACUGAUCCUGGAUGCCGGAAGGUUGGGCAAUGUGACAUUCCAAUGACUGGUACUGGAGGUGGGCGCGAGGUUUUAGUAAGAAUGAUAUUUGGAGGGACGGAAAUAGACGUCGAAUGUACCGAGAAGGCCACUGGAAAUGUAUCGCAUAUUCCGAUUGACUUUUUAUCUUAUGUUGCGUUUAUGUGACGAGUCUUAUGUGCGGAGGCAUUUUUUAAAUAUAUAAAAUAUAUUUAGAAACUACAACAAUAUAAUAUGUCGAAGUUCAUGAAAGUGGUGUUUAAUACAGUUAUUGAUAUCAUACGUUAAUAGCAUUAGCUUCAUCAUUAUGCCUAAUGCUCUUUCCAACACAAAAUGUUAGUAUUUUACCAAAGGUACUCAAUUUUCUCAAUUUCCAUCAAUUUAUAUUUACUACAAACUUUACGACGUGUGUAUAUUAGCCCUCGGUAGCAAAUAUGCCCCAUGGCAUAUAAUGUUCGGCAUAUAAACACAACAAUAGAUAUGUACAGCUGCUUAAGUAUAAGUGGUACAGAGUUAACUUUAUUAAUAUAUAUAUUUAUUUUUUUCAAACAAAAAAAGGUGUCCGUACAAGUAAAAGUUGAAGUUGGACGUACAAUCAGUGUUUGAACUCUUGUUUGUACGUGCUCUCGAUUUCGCCUUGACGUUUGGAACAUAUCUUGACUUCUUCAUUCAAGCGUCGUUUUGUAAGCGAUGGUGUCUCUUAUAGAAGUUUAUGCACACAUAAAAUUCUUAAUGUGAAUGUGCAACGAAUAUUAAAUUAAGGAGCGCGUCAUUAGUCAGCUGACCGCGAUUAGCCAAUCAGGAGAUUUGUUAGGGCACGCGGUGUCCAUCAGGUCACAUGGCCUCUUAUGUGCCCUCUGUAAACCAAUCAGAAUGCUUCAGCCAUAUUCUUUGUUUAUUUCAGCAAAAUAGAAGUGUUCGACAAUUUGUUUAUUUUUUUUCAACUUACCACCACCUCCGUCUCCUCCACAUCUGUUUUAUCUUGAGAAAAGGAAUUUGAUAGUUCAAAAUGUAUUAUUUACCUGUCUUAUACAUGUUAUGCCAUAAUAUUCCGCUAAUUACAUCUUUCAAUUUCCCUGUGCAUCAGUGUAACAUGUACCGGGGCGGUUUACCCACCCAGAUAUUGUUAAUCGGGAAACAUAACGUAAAACUUGUCAACUUAUUCUUGUUGAAUUUGAUUUGAUUUAAUGCCAUUUGGAAUAAAUGCCCAUAAUUAUUCAAA